UAGAAGAAUAUAUGGAAAGCGGCCGUUCAUGCUUCUUAGCUGUCUUUUUGUUGUAUAAACUUCUAUGAAAAAUCUUUCUACUCUUCUUCUUGAGGCGAACGCUGUUAAGUCAGAGCUUUAUAAAAAAGUUACAGAUGACGUUGAACAAUCUUUAAAAAGAGAUAAAUUUUUCAGAAACAGUCUUGAGGAAGGGAAGAAAAAAAUAGAAACUUUACAGGAAAAAUACAUAAAAGUGGAAACGUUAAUGAGAGAACUAACUUCCUGUGAAGCUUACGCCUCCAGUCUUAGGGCCCCUUUAGAAGAACUUUUUGAACUUAAAAAAAAACUUAACUACUACAAGUGGUGGAGUACAAUUUUGACUUUAAGCGAUGACAUUCAGAAAGUUGUCGAGCCUAAAAAUAUCGCUUUCGGUUCUGAGCACAACGCGUUGACUGGGUCGCUGCAAUCACUACAGCAUUUUUGUAAUCUUCUAAAACUUCUUCAAGAAAGCAACUGUACCAUUUUACGAGCCUUUUGUCAAGCGCGCUUGCGUUUUUGCUUAUCCAAAGUCCAUUCGAAGCUUCUAGCGGAGCUGAAUGGCCUUUUCCAGCUAAUCAACUGGCCGUCCGCAGAUGUGAUGGGCUCUCCUCACAUCCAAUCGGUCUUACCUCAACUAGUUAGCCUUCUGCACUUUGGACACCACCUAUACAAGUCAAUGGGCCCAGCGGAGCUCGAGUGGCUCAAUGAGUCCGACCCACCGGCAGAUAUCCACAUGCUCUCGCCGGAAGGAAUGGUCGUCCGUUUGCUCUUUGUUCCUGUGUUCAAGCGGUUUCGUUUCCACUUUUCUGGUGACCACCAAACCAAUCGAGUAGAUAAGCCCGAAUGGUUCAUGACUUUUGUGGUGAAUAUUCUCGAAAAACAACGCGUGUUUCUGAACACUGCGCUGCAGAGCAUUUUUAGCGACGCCUCUGCUGAACGCGUGAUGGUGUCUUUUGAUCCGACCACAAGUGGGGUGACGAAGCUAUUUGUCUUUAUGCAGAGCCUCGCAGCGGCAUGGCUUAUCAAUGAGUGCGUUAAGCCGAAGUUAAAGGAGGAAUUGGAAACUUAUUUAUCGGAUCUUUCUUUAUUCCGUCACGCCAUAGCAGAGACGUUGAGUUUUGAUCAAGAACUCGCAGGCAGCCUGAGGCCUUAUGAAGUUCCGCUGUGCGUCGAUGUGUUUUGUGAAGACCUUGCGGUUUUUGAAAAGUGGAUUCAGCUUGAACAAGAGGCCACGAUGAGCUUCUACGAAAGAUGCUGGAACAAGAAAAAUAAGUUUGAUUCUAACUUUGAAGAUCUCCAUGAGGAUGGCAAAGUGCUAGACUUCGCGUCGACUUUCUUAAGUUUGCUAAAGUCUAUUUCUGAGAGAUAUUUGUUAUUGAGAAACGAAGAACGCAAGCUUGCAUUUAUUAAGCACGUGCAAAUGAAAAUUUUAGAUCGCUUCUUGACGGAUGCCGAGCAAAUUCUUUUUGGUGUGGCGAAGGAUAACGGCGCCCGUUUUUCUCAAAUUCAAGAGUUUGAGACGUUCUGCAAGCUGAUAAGCAGCUUGACCUUCAUUCGUCGGGCCAUCUGGGAUUGGUCGAACGAUCUGGUGUACAUAGACCUGCACGAGGCGUUGAAGACAUUGGCCCCUCGCCCGCCUCCCUCUGGCGCCGGCUCUGUUUUUGAAGGCGUGGUGGAGAAAUUCGAGGAAUUGGAGGAAAGAGGCGCUCAGCUGGUGGUAGACGGCGUCGUGGAAACGUUCUGCCAAGACCUCGAGGGCUACUCGAGACAAAGAUGGGUGUUAGUGGGGCCGCAGGGAUUGGCCCUUCCGGUGCUUUCUGAGUCGCUCAGUGGCCCCUUCUCCGUCUUAGGCCAGCAGUUACUCUCAACGAGGAGUAUUUUACCAGCGGCGCUUUUUGAGACUGUUUGGAUUAAAGUCGCAGGCAGCAUUUCACUAGAGCUGCUGCGCAGAGUCGUUCUUACGAAUUACUUUAAUCCUAACGGAUGUCAAAGAUUCUGUAACGAUAUGAAAGUGACCUUUGAAAUUUUCUCAAAUUUUUCUCCGUAUCCCGAGCGGUACUUGCCAGAAAUUGCUGACGUCUGUAAAAUUAUGACUGCAUCUCAAGAACAAUUGGAAAAAAUUAAAACUCUGGAGUCGCCCUCCCUGCAAGAAGAUAAUAAAGAGGUCUCAGAUCUGCUACAAAAUCUCAACAUUCAUACUUUGCCGCUCCCCACUGUCGUGGAUCUUGUCUCCAGACUAAUUUAGCAGUUUGUUACUAAUAAAAAUAUUAGCACUUCUUGUCCAUAAAGCUCGUCUCAUAAU